AUGACUCAGGAGCAGUACAUCCUGGCAUCUCAGCCAAACCCCCUCCAAAGGCCGGGAUGUGCUACUGUUUACCCAGUGGGGAUUUAUGGCUGGCGAAAGCGCUGUCUCUAUUUCUUCAUCCUUCUCCUCCUUGUCACCAUGAUCGUCAACCUAGCAUUGACCAUAUGGAUUCUAAAGGUCAUGAACUUCACCGUGGAUGGCAUGGGAAAUCUCCGUGUAACCAAAGAGGGCAUCAGAUUAGAGGGAGUGUCGGAGUUCCUCCUUCCACUUUAUGUGAAAGAGAUCAAAUCCAGACGGGACAGUCCUCUGGUCUUACAGUCAGACCGCAAUGUGACGGUGAAUGCACGAAAUAACCUUGGCCAGCUGACAGGACAGCUCACUGUGGGCUCUGAGAUGGUAGAAGCCCAGUGUCAGCGGUUUGAGGUGAAAAGUAGUGAUGGCGAGAGAGUUCUCUUCUCUGCUGAUGAAGAGGAGAUCAGUAUUGGCACAGAUAAACUGAGGGUCACAGGCAACGAGGGAGUUGUGUUUAGUCAUUCGGUGGAAACACCACACGUUCGAGCUGAACCAUUCCAAGACCUGAAGUAA